AUGGCAGAAGAAGCUCCUUCCCCAACAUCUCUCAUUCGAGAUUUUAAAUUUGAUCGUUUGCUAAACCAAGAUCAAGCAGGACGACGUUCUGUUCUCUGCGGUCAAAUCAAUUCCAAGCCAUGUCUCUUGAUUCUUGAGCGCGCUCCAUUUCCUACCUCCUCAGACUAUCUAUCUUCUCUCCCGACCACUGUCCAAUCCCUCGAGAAUCUCGGCGCAAAUGAUGUCUACUUUUGGUAUUUGGCCAAUGCUGGUCCUUCGCAAACGACUGAACCUACCGAUCUGAAGAUUAAUCUCAUCUAUCCAUGCACAGAACAGCACAUUAAGAAAUAUAGCAAGCAAGGACUUCGCAUGAUCACAGAAACACCCCAAAUUUACAGCGAGAAGAUACGCCCAUAUAUGCAGGCGAAAAGAGAUGGAGGUAGAUUAAAUUGGGUAUACAAUAUAAUAGAUGGAAAGACUGAGGUAGAGGAUGUCAUUUAUAGAACCCCACAAGGUCGAGAUGGAGAUGAGGGGUUCUUAUUAUUGCCAGAUCUGAACUGGGAUCGAAAGACGAUGGAGGGGCUCCAUUUAUUAGGGCUAGUGGAGAGGAGAGAUAUAUGGAGUUUAAGGGAUUUGAAGAAGAAACAUGUACAAUGGCUGAGACAUAUGAGACAAAAGUUUGUGGAGGCUACGGUGAACUCAUACAAAGGAUUGGAAGAGGAUCAGUUGAAAUUGUAUGUUCAUUACCAACCGACCUACUACCAUUUUCAUGUGCAUAUCGUACAUGUUGCAUUAGAGGCGGGCGCAACACAAGCAACCGGAAAAGCGAUCGGAUUGGAGAGUAUAAUCGAGCAAUUGGAAAACAUGGAGGGCAACGAAGAAACAGGGAUGGAUAAAGUGUCUUUGAACUACACCGUUGGAGAGGCAAGUGAGUUAUGGACCGAUAUAUUCGAACCUAUCAAGACUGGUGGUACAGCUUCUCUACGGCAAGAAUAA